UUAUAUAAGGUUUUAAAUGCUGCACAAUUUUUCAAUUUUGUUAAAUUUGAUAAAUUAUUUUUUUUUUUAUUUUUACCUAGGUAUAUAUAUGUGCAUAUACAUAUAUAUAGAAAAUUAUACGUAUGCGCAUCUAUCUGUCUGUCGACAUAUUUUCGUUUGCAGCUAAUCAAUGCAUAUACAUACAUAUAUGUAUAUAUGCAUGUAUUUAUGUGUGCGUGUGUGUGUAUGUGUGUAUGUGUGUGUGUAUGCAUGUAUGUGUGUGUGUAUGUAUGUAUGUGUGUGCGUGUGUGUGUGUGUGUGUAUUGAUGGUAUCACUGUAUUAGCAUCUAUCUACUUGGCGCUAUUGUCCAUUUUCGUAUUCCAUAAUAAGCUGAUUGUUUGCAUUUACAGAGGAGAGAGCUAAGGA